UGUCAGAAAGCAGAGAGGGGACGCAGGGCUAGACUGAGUCCGCAGUGAAUCUUGUGGAUUUCUCCUUUGCAUCUCCACUGCAUCUUUCCGUUUCCCUUUCCCUAGCCAUCCCCCUUCCCCUCCCUCUUCCCCCCCACUGUCCUCUCCGCUCUGGACCGCUCCUCCGGGCAUGCUACUUAAGCCCAAGUAUGACCGCUUCCGGAACGACUCUGUGACCUCCUCCGACGAUCUUAUGCAGAGCCUGGCCAUGAGCGGGAAGGUGGUGGCCACACCGGUGGCCUCCUCGUCCGCGCCGGGCCUAGAGCUGCCACCCCUGCAGACCGCUGCUCUACCUCCGCCUUCAGCCCAGGUGCUGGCUGACUCGCCCGGGAUGGACGGCGAGCAGGACAGCACCACCACCUUUUGCAUGCUCAUCCCCAAAAUGCCCCAGUGGAAGUUCUCCAACUCGUUGCUCAGCCGUAGCCCAUCGAACAGCAGCUCCAGCUCCAAUUCCAGCAAGGAUUCUGGCAGGGCACCUCCGACCGAUAGUUCCCCUGCUGCGGCUUCUGGGGGGACGGCUGCUGCCAGCGGUCCUGUGGCUAGCCUUGCAGCUGUAUUCAACUCCUGUGACCCUGUUUGUGUGGGCCCCUGUUCCCUACAGGCCUCCAGGAGACAGAGGGCCAGUCAGAGAGAGUCCAACGCAGGGGCCGCCGAGGGGAGUCCAGGGGGCUCUGGGAGCUUCAGGACCGGGAUGAACCGGAGGACCAGGGUGGAGGGAAUAUGGCUUGGGGAUAACUUCACCCAGAAGGGCAGCUUCAUCAACAAGCCGUCUCAAGGGUGGUUGCACUCAGACAAAAAGAUCAGCAGCACAGGGGCUUCCUACAUCGUCAGGUACAUGGGCUGCAUUGAGGUCCUCAAAUCCAUGAGAUCGUUGGACUUCAGCACCAGGACGCAAGUCACAAGGGAAGCCAUCAACAGGUUGUGUGAAUCUGUACCUGGAGGAAAAACUGCCUGGAAGAAGAAAACAACGAACAAAACCCUCCAGUCCAUCAUGGGCAAAAGUAACCUGCGUUUUGCUGGAAUGAGCAUCGGCGUCAACAUCUCCAUUGAUGGCUUGAGUCUCCUCGUCCCCACAACACGACAGGUGAUUGCCCAUCAUCCCAUGCAGUCUAUAUCUUUCGCCUCUGGUGGAGAUUCGGAUACACCUGAUUAUGUUGCCUAUGUAGCCAAAGACCCCGUCAACCAAAGAGCUUGUCACAUUUUGGAGUGCUGCGACGGUCUUGCCCAGAAUGUGAUCAGCACCAUUGGCCAGGCCUUCGAACUGCAGUUCAAACAGUACCUUCACAGUCCACCCAAAGCCAUUCCCGCUAUGGAUAGAAAUAUAAGAACAGAAGAGUCAGCAUGGGGUGAAGACGAGGAGUCGUCCGAGCACGAUUACUACAACAGCAUCCCAGGAAAGGAGCCUCCUGUUGGGGGAGUGAUAGACUCAAGGCUCAGGCCUCCUGCGGGCCUACUGGGCCACGUUCACACACACCCACAGAGCAAAACAUCACAGAUGGGGUCACCGGCUAAAAGAGACACAAACAGCCUCCCUGCCACCCACUUGUGUUAUGAAGUCCACUGGGACACAGAGAAUAACAGCAGCUCAAGUCUGACUUCUGAUGGUUACUUGCGAGCAGAUGGUCAUCCUCCAGGCAGUCGCGAUUACGAGGAGCAUCUGUAUGUAAACACUCAAAAUCUGGACAACCUGGAGGCCUCAGCGGUUGGGCGCAGACCUGAGAGCCCCAAGAAGGACAUUUUUGACAUGAGGCCAUUUGAAGAUGCCCUGCGUCUACAUGAAGCCAGUGGUGUUUGUGUGCUGGAGGACAAGUGGCCGAGUCCCCCACGCCGCCGGGCCCCCGUGGCCCCUACAGAAGACCAGCUGAGACGAGAGAUGUGGUACCAUGGCCGAAUGAGCCGCAGGGAUGCUGAGAAUCUGCUGGGCCGCGAUGGGGAUUUCCUGGUGCGGGACAGCGCUACUAACCCAGGCCAGUACGUGCUGACGGGGAUGCAGUGCGGCCUUCCUAAACAUCUGCUGCUGGUGGAUCCUGAAGGAGUGGUUCGAACUAAAGACAUGCUUUUUGAGAGCAUCAGUCACCUGAUCAACUACCAUCUGACAAACAAGCUGCCGAUUGUAGCGGCGGAGAGCGAACUACAUCUCCAGCAGGUCGUCUGCCGAAAAAACUGACCCCCAUUUGAAGCCCAUAUACAUGGGAUGAAGAUGAAGGUCUCGAGGCCACACACUAUUGCCUUAAACACAGACUAUGAGCUUCCACUGGGACUUGUGGGAAAUCGCCGUUCCUUAGGCACUGACCACAAACAGCUUUCAGCAUGCCUCGCUCAAUCGAUCCCCUUCUUCAUCCGAGAAGACCCCAACUGAGAGUUUGGCGUUGGGAAACGAAGCGCUUGUGAACUUUGAGUUUCCCAACAGACUGUCAGAAAAGUUACGAGAAACACGAAAACUUCCCUUCCUCUACGAGCGUUCGAUCAUUGAGCUGUCGUUUCUAAACGUGAUGUAUUCGCUAACUGUGGAUCCGAUCUUCUCUGAUGGACGUCCCUGUUGCGCUUUACCAUCGGUUUGCUCUCAGGAUGCCGUGUUUGUAAUGGACGUUAUAUAAAGCUCAUAAGCUCAGUCGCUCUAAUGCAGUCGUAUCGGACGCACAUGUUUCAUUUACGAACUCAGGACCAAAUGUUUUUGGGUCACGCUCGAGAGAUAUUGCUCUUUUUUUAAUAACUGUGAUCCAGACAUGCAUUAUACGUCAUAGUUUUGUGUUUAGUCACAAGUCGUCACUCAAAGGUACAUCCAGUAGUUUGGUGCGUGAGCAUGUUAACAAAACUUGGGUUCAGACUACAUGGUAUUUUUGUUUGUUACGAUCUCAGUCUCAGAUUAUAUUGUCAGGGUGUUCGCGGGGUCUUAAAUAAAUCUCAAAAUUUACACUUUAAGCCUUAAAAAGUCUUAACCCUACUGAAAUAUUGUGUUGUAGGCCUUAAGUGAAGUUUCAUAAACUAAUUUCGAGAGGAGCACAUGAUAUGAUUGAGCUCGUCUGGCCACUCAUCUGUAAUCAGUAAUAAUCCAAUCAGAGUGAUCCUAGUCUACUAUUAAUGGAUCAUUUUCUCCCUACUGUUUCUAUCUUCGUUUGGAAGAAUCCCCCCUUCCACCCCAUCUCCUCCUUUUCCUCCCUUUUCUAAAGGGGAGCUCUCGAGACCUACCUGAUCUCGGAUCUCCUGAUAUGCUUAUCGACCGGGCGAGAGCCCUGGGCUCAAAUAUCUCCGAGCUCAGGGUUCUCUCCCGGGACAGCAUGCCAAACCUGCUUUAUACGCCAAGCAUAUCUAAGUGGGAACUCUUGAAAUUUUCUUUUUAACAGGUCUUAAUUUUCCUUUGUUCAUGUAUAGCUACUCAAUCUGGCCAACACCCUUACAAUCACCAACUAUUCAUCCAUUUUAACUCUAUUGACCGUAAUGGUUUAAUUAUUUUCCUUACAAUAACACUUGAUUGAAAGUCCGCCAUGUUUUUACUGCUGAGGAUACUUUUAUUAUUAAAUUAUUAUUGUAUUGAUAAAUGUAUUCAAUUAUAAUGAUUUUUUUGAGGGAGCUAGUGAAAAUCCUUUUUAACCGGGAUAUUCAAAAAAAAUUUGUCCUGUAUGAGUGUAAAAUUUCAUUCAUAAUGGGUAAAGACUAGAUCGGAUAUACAGACAGCCGAAAGUGCGAUAUGCAGAUCAAUAUAGCAGCAUUUUUUAUGACACUGUAUAACAAUAAUUCAUAUUUUUACAGUACUGUGACGGUUGUGGUGAGGGUAGGUGUUAAAAAAUACAUUGGGUAAUUUAAUAGAUAGCAUAAAUAAUACUCGGUACAACUACUGUUUUUACGUUACUGUGACUGUUGGGUUUAGGGUUGGGGUGGGGGUAGACGGUAAUAAAAUACAAUGAAUGGGAAAUUGAAUUAAUAAUAUAAAUCAUUCUCGUUAACCUUUGGCCGCAACCAUAUCCAAUCUAGCAACAACCUUCAUAAUGGCCUUAAAAAUGUCUUUAAUUUAACCUGGUGAAACCUUCAGAAACCCUGAUUGUUGUCCAGGGGUGCGUUUCCGAAAACCAUCGUUAGCUAACUAAUGUCGCAAGUUCCGUCGUUACAAAUAUAGUUUGUUGAUUUGCCAUUUCCCAAAUCUGUCAUUCCAACGAACAUUCGCAAACUGCGUCGUAAACUUGUACGCUUGCCACUGCACCUCUAGAGCUGUAGUUAGAAGCAUAGCUCCUGGUUGUGUUCUCUUCCCUGUUAUCCCCCUUAUGCCCUAUUCAUUUAGAUCGUUCUAACAUUUAAACUUGGAAUAAUAAUAAAAAAACGCAUUAAAGUCAUCACUCUUAGGUGUAAUCUGCUUUCAAAGUAUUUUUACACUUCAGUUUUAGCGAUCUUCAUAUUGAGAAUUGGGCUCCUUUGUAGUGCACUUUGAAACAUUUAUCCCAUUUUGAACACGGCCGUGGCUCAUGAUGAAAACGAUAGGUGACCUAUUAUUUAAAAGCGGAAUUUAGGCUAUGGUACGUCUC